GCUAACGAUAAAGAAGAAGACCAACAUGGCGUCUCUCGGCAGUAACGAGUGGAGAGCUAUCUGCGACAAAUUCACCAACGCCCAAAACCUCACUGAUGUGGAAUCACGAAAUGACCCGGAAAAUGACCCGUUUCGCUCCAAAUAUAAGGCAAGGGAGCUCCUCAGAGAAAUAUACUGCUCGCUGAAGAGUUUCGGCGGCGAAGGUGAAGAGGACAGCGGCGGAGAAAGCGGCGACCAGCGGCCGACAGAGCCGCUGGUGGACGGGCAGAGGGAGGACGUAUUCGGCCAGGGCUUCAGCGGCGACUCGGCAGCCGGGCUGCGGGCCGCUAAACUCGGGGCUUUGGAGUACUAUCUGGGCGUGAACCAUGUCGACACAGAGGAGCUGUCAGCCGGACAGGAGCAUCUGAUGAACUGCAUGAAACUGCUGGAGAGAUGCAGAGUGUCUUCUGAGAAUGUGUCGCUGUUUAUCCAUGUCAGGAACCAGUUGGGCAUCCUUUGGGCAGGCCGGGAUGAGACAGAGACAGCUCAAGGGUUCCUUGAAACUGCAGAAUCCAUCUACCAACGUUAUAUGAAGGAGGAUGGGAGUCCUCCCACUGAUAUGUCAGAGUACUUUACUACUGAGGAGAAGCUCCUGACACACCAGGAAAGGACAAAGAGGUUUGAGUUGGCCUACACUCACACAAUGUACUACCUUGCUCAAGUCUAUAAAAACCUUGGUGAAACUGAGCGUGCUGCCACCUACUGCCACAGUACCCUGCAGAGACAGUUACAGUUAAAUCAGUUCAGUCCAAUGGAGUGGGCUCUGAACGCUGCUACACUAUCACAAUAUUAUAUCACUAAGGGCCGAUACAUGGAAGGCAGACAUUGCCUCUCAGCAGCUACUGUCAUAUCAGAUUUGGCAGGAGAGAUUCCUUCUGAGGCCGCAGCACAGGAGAGUGAGACAGAGAGUGAACGCAGGGAACAGCUCAGACAGAAGAGAGCAGAGAUUGCGAGAUGUUGGAUAAAAUACUGUCUCAACCUUCUGCAGGAUGCUAAGAAGCUGCUAGAGGACAACGUUGGGGAACUGGAUACUGAUCGUCAAGAAGAGAUGAAGAGAGCAAGAAGAGUUGAGGAGGAGGAGGAAGAGAAGGGAAGGAAGACUGCUUUGCUGUUCGGUUCUGAAGACACCUUUGACUCCAUUGCUAGUCAUGAAGAGAAGGUUCCCUGUUUGCUUCCUUUGGACUUCACUGAGGCCAGAGGUGUAUUUCUGGUGGGACAGAAUUAUGUCACACAGGCCAAGGAGUACUUUCAGAUGGACGGCUAUGUGACGGACCACAUAGAGAUCCUGCAGGAUCACAGCGCUCUGUUCCUGGGCCUGGCUUUCUUUGAAGAGGAUCUGGAGCGGCGCUGCAAAAUGCACAAACGACGAGUUGACAUGUUAGAGCCAAUCUGCAUUGACUUGAACUCCCAGUACUACCUAUUGAUCCGCAGACAGUUGAUGUUUGAGUUGGCUGAGAUCUACAAUGAAAUGAUGGACCUGAAACUGACGCUGGCCAACUUACAGGCAGAUACACGGGCUCUAGAUAAUCACACCAUUAAGAAAUUCAACCAUCUCUGCUCUGCCUCUGCCAAAUACUUCCAGAUGUUCCUAGACUCUCUGUGUUCUCCAGAGGGGAAGCCUCCGGAGCACCUUGAAGAGGAGGUGCUCAGACCGGCUCUGGUGGCCCGCUUCAGAGUGGCCCGACUCCACAGCAGGCUGAUCUCCUCUUUACCCUCUGCUCAGCUGGACAACCUCAACAAGUCUCUGGAAAACUACAAAUACGUGGUGCAGUAUUGUGAGGCCCACCCGGAGGCAGCAGCCGCUGUGGAGACAGAGCUGGAGCUGAGUAAGGAGAUGGCUGAUCUGCUCCCUCUCAAAAUCAACCGCCUUAAGGCAAAGAUGACUACAAACAACUGAAGGAAGCCACUGUUCACUGAGUGACUUGACUAAUCGUGUUAAAUCCAUCCAAAUAAGCCAAGUCAAUCUAAGUUUACCGCCUUAUAGCCAAUGAACACUCCCAACAAUUACAGAAACUGGAUGGCAGAUUGACUUGCUUAUAUGUAUUGGUGAUGGCCUCUUUUUAUUCAUUUUUUUUUGGUGCAGUGGGCAUGCUGCUUUCACAAGAACUGACAACACAUUACAGGCCGAGCAUACUGUAUGUGCUAUCCUCUGUACUAGUAGUAAAAUGUGGUCAGUUUACUUUUAUUUAAAUAAUUGGAACAGUUUUAACAGAUUGAAUGGGAAUUGACCUAGAGCUGUGUUUCUUUGCCUCAAUGCUUUCUUCUCAACUGGAGUAAAGAAAUUUAACACACAAAUGUCAGACUUGAACAAAACGAGUCCCAAAACAUCCUUACGGCAGAUAUGUACAUAACCGAUUUUCAUUUUACUAUUUAGGUGUCCUCUGUGACCCUAGUCUGCUUGUUACUUGUUUUUAUUGUUAAUCAUGUUGGGUUCAAUCAAUUUAAUGAGGCUUUAUUUUCUACAAAACACUUCAGCACACUAAACUUCUGUUUCUUCAGCUACUUUAUGUCUCUGAUAGUAAAACAAAUGUAAAGUCCCACUGUAACCAAGGUUAAUUUAAUUAAAAGGCAGCCAGAGGUACAGACAGUAGAGUUGAUCCAGAUUGUACUACAGACAAGUUGCUGCCUGAGCCGUCACAAACAACCGUCCCAGUGACAGUAAGUGGACUUGACCACACUGAUGCUGGUUAAUUAGAUGUAAAAAUCUGCAUGAUGCUAGCCUCGUCCAAUUGAACCUGGUGAUUUUCUUCCUGUCUUGGAAUCACGUUGUCAUUGUGUUAGGUACAGUUGAUGCUGUAUGUAUGUUCGAUAAUAAACUAAUGAAGUAAUGGACACUUGCAUCACAAUA